AAACAAGAGCAACAUGUUUUUGUUUUGAUAUCAGCUCUUCUCCGAUUUUAGGUGUCCUGUCAGCCAGGGGAUCAGAGUUGGGGACAUUACGUUGACUUUAUCGAAUUGAUUUAAAAGCAUAGUAGCGAGACUCCUACGUCAGGUCAGCGCGCUUAGACCCCGCGCACGUAAGGUAGCCUAUUCGUGACAGCCGCUUGCAGACUUCCAAAAUCACACGAACAGGGGAAGAACAAACAGUCCUAUUGCACGUGAUCAGACAGGCGCUACACUGGAUCUUCUGAUGAAUGUGACACUGUGGCAGACAGGACGCGUGCACACAACAAACACUAUCUGAAACCCUCAAGGAGAUGAGACCCUGAAGCAGGCUCUGAUUAAUCGGCUCGCAAGUAGGUGGAUGGCCAUCUUGUGUCCAGCCCGCCUACCCCCUUCUCUCUCCUGGUUCAAUGAGCUACCAGCACAUUUCCAGCCUCACCAACCAGCUUCCAGGAACCUUCUAUCUUGACCAAUCAGCUUCCAGCACCCUGUGACAGACAGGCCCCUCUGCUUAUCAGAAGGAAAAUGAAAUAUCUACACACCGUAAAAACUCCCUAGCUGUGAUUCAUUUUGUGAAACUGGGCACAACGUUUCACCCAACAGGCACCUGGACCAAUAAGCUUCCUUCAGCCUCCAAUCUGGACCAAUAGACUUUCAGCCCCCUCCAAUCUGGACCAAAACGCUUUCAGCACCCUCUGACGGGUCAAUCAGCUUCCGGCACUGUCUGACCCUUUGUGGUGCUGCAAAGAACUUGCGACCAAGUUGGUCAUGUCUGAUUUUCUGAAUGUCUGAAUUUUCCUGAGAUUGUCAGCCAGUAGAUAGCUUGUCUGGGAAAUGCUGACCACAUUUCUAGAAAUCUCCUCACGGACCACUUGAGGUCUCUCGACGCACACUAUUGGUCCCUGGACCACACUUUGAGGACCGCUGCUCUGGUUCCACAUUCCAUUCCAUUCCGACCUGACCAACCAAUCAAUGGGCUCCGUUCGGCUCCAGAACCCCGCCCACCCGGCGGCGCUGCUGGCGCGGGCCAAUGAGAUGAGGACGUCCGGCAUGCUGUGCGACGUGGUGGUGUGCGUGGACGGCCGAGAGUUCCGAGCCCACCGCGCGGUCCUGGCGGCCGCCUCCAAGAUGUUCCAGAUCCUUUUCCAGCGGCCGCGGCCCGCGUACACACUCGACUUCCUCACACACACCACCUUCAGCCAGAUACUCGACUACGCCUACACCGCCUCCCUCAACACACACACGCGCGAGCUGGACGACCUGCUCUACGCCGCGGAGAUACUGGAGAUGGAGUACCUGGAGGAACAAUGUGUCAGGAUGCUGGAGGCCAUGCAGAGAGAGGAGGAGGAGGAGGAGAAGAGGGGAAGAGGAGAGGAGGAGAAGAAGAGGAAGAGGGCGGGGAGAGGAGCGGUGGAGGGGGUUAAGAGGGGGAGAGAAGAGGAGGAGGAGAGGAAGAGAGUGGGGAGGCACGAGGAGGAGGAGGAGAUACUAGAGACUAUCCAGAGGGUGGAAGAGGAGCAGGAGGAGAAGAGGAGAGAGAGCAGUGGAGAGGAGGAGUACAAGAAGACAAAGAGAAGAAGGGGAGAGGAGGAGAACGAUGAGAGGAUGGGAGAGGAGGAAGAGGAGAAGAGGAAGCGAGGGAGGGGUGGGGAGGAGGAACAGGUGGAGCUGAAAGGCAGCAGGAACGACUCUAGAUCAAAGACUUCUCACAAUUCCUUGGGGCUCACAUCGCUCACAGGCCCGGCCCCAAACCCUUACUUCAGCCAAUCGCUGUGGAGGGGGCUGUCACCCAGCAGAGAGCUCACAGAACACUUAAAUCAGGUGGCAAAUCUCUAUGGCAACCCACAUCCCAUAACAGUAAGCCCACCCCUAAGGAGGACAGAGGCGGAGCCUAGCCAGGAAGUGGAGGCAGGGGGCGUAGUCCUCGGUCACCAUGACAACGAGGAGGAAGAGGAAGGCCCGCCCUCUAGAGGAAGUGUCAUCACCAGCGCCCAUCAUCACUUGAGCUUGGCCAAUGACGAGGAGAGGGUGGGACUAGCAGACUCCGAGAGCCUAUCAGGGCUGAUGGGCGUGGCCUCUCUGUACAACAUGGCUGCAAUGACCCCGCCCCUGCACGUACAGCUGGAGCUGGGCCGCUACAGUGGCCUGUUGGGGCCAAACAACCUGGGAUUCCCUCUCAGGCCACGGGACUUGCUCAGCAGCCUGGUGGGAGGGGCUAAGGAGAGGGCGGGGCUCUUCAACUGUGACGCCAGGGGGGCCGAGGUACCGGACUACAACAGCUUGGAGCAACACAGGAGGCUUCAGCAGGAGGUGGCUGGUAGCUUCGUGUGUGACGUGUGUGGGAAGACCUUCCUGGAUAGUCUACGGCUGAGGAUGCACAUGCUCUCACACACAGGAGAGAAGGGCGUGCUGUGUGAGCAGUGUGGCUCGCAGUUCCAGACAGAAGAGGAGCUGGAGAUGCACAAGCAAACUCACACAGGGUGUGACAUCGCGGUGUUCUGUCUGCUAUGUGGUAAGCGGUUUCGGACGCGCUCGAGUCUCCGUCAGCACACCGAAUCUCACGCCGGACUGAAGAGCUACACCUGUUCACACUGCCACCUGACGUAUCCCAGCAACACUGCCCUCAAGAGACACCUGAGGACACAUACAGGUGAGCACCCAUUCGAGUGUGAGUUCUGCGGCAGCUGUUUCCGUGACGAUGGGACGUUGCGGAGCCACAAGCGGACACACACAGGAGAGAAGCCUUACCAAUGCAACAGCUGCAGCAAGACCUUCAGCCUCAAACACCAGCUGGAGACACACUACAGGGUACACACAGGUGAGAAGCCGUUUGAGUGCAAGCUGUGUCACCAGCGUUCCCGUGACUACUCGGCCAUGAUUAAGCACCUGCGUACCCACAACGGGGCGUCUCCGUACCAGUGCACCCUGUGCCACCUCUACUGCCCCUCGCUGUCCGCCAUGACCAAGCACGUCAAGAGCACACACACACACCACCUGCCCCCCGACUGGAGCAUAGACAGCACAUACCUGUACCUCUGCUAUGUAUAGAUACACACACGCG